AUGCAAUCCCCAGCGACGCCCCCUCCAGACACGGCCCUCCCCUUCUCGUACACGAUCACCCCCCUCGAACCCACCGAGUACACCAUCUCAUUCACUCUAGCAGACACCUGCUUUGCACCCCUCGGCACCCUCCUCUUCAAAAAGAACAGUUACCCACCCUCAGCGACCUCCUCCGCCCAACGCACGAAAUCCCGAAUCGCCCGGCUCAACAAUAUCUCCCCACAGCCCACCCUCUUCAAAGCAACCGACGCCGCGACGGGAGAAAUAAUCGGGGUUGCCCACUGGACGAUCCACACGGACGAUGAAGAAGUCACUCAAUCCGUCGCCGACGCAGUGGCUGAUAUCGUCGCGGCCUCGAUCCCAGAGAUGAACCGCGACGCAGUCCGGGGCUUCUACACGAUGGUUACGGAGGGGAAGAGGGAUGUCCUCCGGGUCGAUGUCCCCGUUCGCGGGGUCUAUGGGCGAGUGGGGAAGACAUUCCCUGUCGUCAAGCUGUCCCGGCGCGUCGAGCUCGAGACGGUUUUUGUGCAUCCGGAUUUUCGGCGACGGGGUGUUGCGACGCGCUUGUUGGAGUGGGGGAUUGCAGAGGCGGAGAGGUUGAACUUUCUUGUAUAUCUUGAGGCGACGGAGGAGGAGAGGAGGGUUUAUGAGCGGGUUGGGUUUGAGGUUGUUAGGGGGGAGCGGUUUGAUGCGGCGCGGUUUGGCGGGGAGGGGGGGUUUUAUGGUGAGGAGGCCUACGGAGCUGAUGGCGGAUUAGAUCACGAGCUGUGGACGGCAGACGUGGGGAUGUGA